AGUACUUACAAGGUCAAACUAUGCUUAACAUAUAAUCUUUAACCUGGCCGAAAUACUUCAUACGAUUGUGUUUUUUUUCACCCUCGGCAUGGAUCAAGUGGCUUACAUCUUUGGAAGUUUCUCAAGGCGAAGGCAGUCUGAAGAACCAAAAGGAGCUCCAAAACGCAGGUCUGUUGAUGUCUCACCCCAAUCCUCCUCUUCGCUACGGAAAACAAGGGUUCAGAUGCUGAUGGAAGAUAGGUCCAUAUUCAACUGUGGUAUCUGUAACCGGCAACUUGUAGAGCCACGAGUACUGCCCUGUCUGCACACAUUCUGCUCAAGGUGCCUGGUUCCUCUCACCAAGUCAGUUUACUCUGGGCCCAGCUCCCAAUCUCAAGCUUCUCUGAGCCAAAUCGACCAAGGCUCUAAGCCUGCAGCCACAGAGACACACGGGGGUGGUAGCCUCAAUGGUUCCGGCUCCGGAGGCUCUGGCUACGGCAGCGAGCCCAGCAGCUGGUCUAGCAGUGAGAACACUGGUCAGAAUGGGCAGCUUCAAGUCGUGGUGUGCCCUACAUGUAAGUCGGAGAACAAGUUGCCAAGCGGAGGUGUAUCAAGCCUACCUAUUAAUUAUGUUCUUCAAAACCGUAUUCUUCUCUCCUUACAACAAGCUGCAACUUGUGACCUGUGUACCACUGACGCUCCUGCUGCGAGCAGAUGCCAGGAUUGUCUGGUCAACUUGUGCGGGUUCUGCAGUGAAGCUCAUAUCAGACAAAGAAUCAGCGCCUUGCACGAGGUUAUCUCCCUCAAUGAUAAUGCAGAUGCAGCAGUCAUCCGUAGACAGGUGAUGUGCGAACAACACCCGAACCGAGAGUUACGUCUCUUCUGUGGGCGUUGUGGAGUGGUAGUCUGCCGGGACUGUUGUGUGUUGCUGCACCGUGGACAUCCCUGUGACACGGCAGCCCGUGCAGCACGUCACUAUGCCACCACUCUGCGGGAUGCUCUUGACAAAACCCGCCCGAUCGCUAAGGAAGCAUCUCUCAAUCUAAAUCGUUUGCAACACUUGGAGCAUCGAAUCAAGAGUCGCUGUGCUGAGGUAGAGACAGAGGUAGACAGGUACGCAGAGUCGUACAAGACAGCCAUUGAAGAGCACCGUGCAGCACUGCGCCGGGAGGUCAACCAGGUGCGCCACAACAAACUGUCAGCCUUGCAUACCCACCAUGAGGAGUUGCGGACACGCUCAGAGCACACCAGUCACGCUGUCAUGUUUGGCCAGGAGCUGUUGGCUGAAGCUUCAGAUAUAGAGCUACUGAGCCUGGUGACACCUAUACUACAGAGGCUGGAAUGGUGCAAUGCUGGAGAGGUGAUUGCUGCCAUCAAAGUGUCAGACUGCCUGCAGUUCCUGCCAGAAGAGAGAGCUGGUGUUAUCAGUGGACAUCCCAUCUAUGGAGUGGUCACCACUCAGGCUGUCUCUGCUUACCACUGUGAGCUGCAGACUGAAGGUUUGCUGAACUGCAGGAUACACAAGAAGGCAGAGUUCACACUGAGUACGUUUGAUUGUGAGAAGCAGCCAGUGUGCCAUGGGGGUACACAAGUGAUAGCAGAACUUCAGUAUCGAGAUGCUGCUCAGAGGCGAGUGGCCGUGCAGGUUGCUGACCAAGGCGAUGGCACUUACAUCCUAUCCUUCACUCCAGACUCUUCAGGGAACAUGAGUCUCAGUGUUACCAUCCAAGGAAAACAUAUACAUGGGAGUCCAUUCAACGUGUCCGUCUCCACACUGAGGCCCCACCCUGGCGUCUAUCACUGCUGCACUUUCUGCUCCAGCAACGGCAGCAAGGAUGCUCUCUGUGGCUGUGGUGGCCGAAUGCCAGGAGGAUACCGUGGCUGUGGACAUGGACACACAGGACACCCUGGCCGCAGGCACUGGUCUUGCUGUGGAAAUUUGCUGCAUAAUUCAGAGUGUAGCCGGAUACCAGACUAUCAAUUCACUCUCUAAUAUUCAAAAGUAUGCAGUUUAGACAGAGUAGAUGUUGAAGUGCCCAAUCAUGAGAUCGGCUAGAACAUUCGGUGACGAAAUGCUAAAAUCCAUCUUAGGCACUUCACAUAAAACCAGUACUUCUUGCACACUGGAAACAUUCUCCCUUUAUUUAUUUCCAUACGAAAGUUUAAGCAUAUUAUUCAAUAAUAAAUUAAUAUAGUUUAUUUUCAAACAUUAAUAUCGUAGGAUUUAUCUUUAUCAAUUUAUUAUUUUAUAAGCUUUAACUGAACAGAAACUGAGGAUGAAAAGUUAUUUCUUGGUAUAAACACAGCUGAACAAAAUUUGUUGCUUUUAUAUACUUUUAGAUUAAUUUAUGUAUGACAUAUGAGAAAAGAGAAGUUGAAUGGUUCAAUAAAAGUGGCACACUAGUUGUUAGCAGUACCUCAUAAAGAGCUAUAGAUGUUAACAAAGGAAAUAUCAUCAAGAAAUGUAUUCAGUGUAAAAUGUGAAGGGAAAUAAAAUCAUGAAAUAUCA